AUGGUUGCAGUUAUCUCGUUCUCACCUAUUUCCAUCUUUCUCGUCUUUCGGCUUCAGGAAUCUCUUCUCCUCCUCCUCCCUCCAAUUCCUUCACCGGAAAUGACGACCUACGAGACGCUCCCGAUCUCCACCUCCUCUCCAGGCUUCGUAUCGCUCACCACGUGGUGUCCCUGGCGGGAGCUCGCCGACGUCCGCGCCCUCGGCCGCCCGGCCGGCCUCGGCGAGGCCUACAUUCGGAUCCGAACCAACGCCGCCCGCUUCUCCAUGAACUAUGCCAUCAUCGUCCUCCUCUUCGUCUUCCUCAGCCUCCUCUGGCACCCUCUCUCCCUCAUCGUGUUUGUCGCCUCCAUGGCCGCCUGGCUGUUCUUCUACUUCCUCCGGGGCGAGCCCCUCGUCGUCCUCGGCUGGGUUAUCAGGGACCGGGUCGUCCUGAUGGGCCUAGCGGUGGUGACGCUGGUUCCGUUGCUGAAGACCAACGCGACGGCCAACAUACUGACAUCGCUGUCGGUCGGCCUGCUCCUGGUGGUGGUACACGCGGCGCUGAGGCGGACCGACUACGCUAUCGUGGAGGCGGAGGGGCCGUGCUACGCCGCCGUCGGAUCUGCUCCAGCGUCUGUGCAGUCUUCGAGAUGA